AUGAAUGAAGACAACGCCCGUUUCUGCCUGCUGGCUGGGUUAAUCCUGCUCUACUUACUGUGUGGGGCGGCCAUCUUCUCAGCCCUGGAGCAUCCCUUUGAGCUGCGCGCCCGCCGCCUCUGGAAACAACAGCUGGACAACUUCACUCAGAGAUACAGGGUCAACAUGGGUGCCCUUCAUACCCUGCUGCGACAGUACGAGGAGGCAAAUGGAGCUGGGAUCAGAGUGGACACGUUGAGACCUCGCUGGGACUUUUCUGGAGCUUUCUACUUUGUGGGCACGGUGGUCUCCACUAUUGGGUUUGGCAUGACCACACCAGCAACCAUAGCUGGAAAAAUAUUCUUGAUCUUCUAUGGCCUCAUUGGCUGUGCUGCCACCAUCCUCUUCUUUAACCUCUUCCUGGAGAGGAUCAUCACGAUGUUAGCUUACAUCAUGCGCUGGUGUCAUGAGCGUCGGCUGAGGUGUGGUGGGGUUGGGGUGAUGUCGAGCAGGGAGGAGAUGUCUGGUGAGGAGGACAGCCUGGAGGGCUGGAAACCGUCUGUCUAUUAUGUUAUGCUGAUCCUGGGGGUAGCAUCCAUUGUGAUCGCAUGCAGUGCCUCCACCUUGUACAGCUCCAUGGAGAACUGGAGCUACGUGGACUCCCUCUACUUCUGUUUUGUGGCCUUCAGCACCAUCGGCUUUGGGGACCUGGUGAGCAGUCAGAGACAGCAGUAUGAGUCUCAGGAGGCCUACCGGCUGGGGAACUGUCUGUUCAUCCUUAUGGGAGUAUGUUGUAUUUACUCACUUUUCAAUGUUAUUUCCAUCGUCAUCAAACAAACUUUGAACUGGAUUCUGGGUAAGCUGGUCUGCUCGGGGCACCAGAGGCGCCUGCCUGCACACCUCAGGCAAAAACGCUUAAAACGCAACACUGUGCAGCCCAUCUCAUCCCACUGCCCUGCAGGAAGACACCGCUACACAGACGGCUCAGUGGAGACGGUGUUCGACAGUGAGACGGAUGCAGGUGCAGUAGCUGAUGGGGUAUGCGUGGGGCGUCGUCUGUCGGGAGAGAUGAUCUCCGUCAAUGAGUUCAUGGUGUCCAACAAGGUGUCUCUGGCACUGCUGCAGAAGCAGCUGAGCGAAACAGCUCAUCAGGGCCCAAGGCAGAGCUACGGCCAUCAAAAUGGAUUCUCUGGUGGUGUGGGGGCCCUGGCCAUCAUGAAUAAUCGCCUACAAGAAACCAGUGUGGAUAGGUAG